UUUACUAACGAUACUGGCGAACGUUUACUGAUGCAUACUGGCAUUCCAGCAAAUUCGUCGACUUACAGGUCAAAUUUAGUAUGAAUUAAGUUGCAAUUGAACAGUUAACGACGUCUCGUACAACAUAUUCGAUUAAUUAAGAAUGGCUCGCAAUGCGGAAAAGGCUAUGACAACACUGGCUCGGUGGCGAGCUGCUAAGGAAGCGGAAACCGGUAAAAACGAGCGUCGACCAUAUCUGGCAUCCGAAUGCAGAGACCUCCAAAAAUGCGAAAGGUGGCGCUUGGAAAUCAUUCGCGAAAUUUCCAAAAAAGUUGCUCAAAUUCAGAACGCCGGAUUAGGUGAGUUUCGUAUUCGUGAUUUGAACGAUGAAAUUAACAAACUACUUCGCGAGAAGCGUCACUGGGAGAAUCAGAUUUCGGAUUUGGGAGGACCACACUAUCGUCGUUAUGGGCCAAAAAUGUUUGAUGCCGAAGGAAGAGAGGUUCCAGGAAACCGUGGAUACAAGUAUUUCGGAGCGGCCAAGGAUCUACCGGGUGUGCGAGAACUAUUUGAACAGGAGCCACCACCGCCACCGAAAAAAACACGAGCCGAAUUGAUGAAGGACAUCGAUGCCGAUUAUUACGGCUACAGAGACGAUGAUGACGGGAUACUGUUGCCAUUGGAAGAAAAGGCUGAAAAACAAGCUAUUCAGAAAGCCGUGGAAGAAUGGAAACAGCUGCAGACCAGUGGGGAACAGAAAGAAAUCGAACCAGAGGAAGAUAUCUACGGAUCGGAUGCUAGAAUAAGUUCCGAUGCGGACAAACAGAUGAAAGAUGACCCGAUGGGGCUUUUGGGUCCACGGUUUACCGCACAUGUGCCUGUUCCUAGCCAAAAAGAUAUUGAGGCAGCUCUACUUCGGAAACGAAAACUAGAACUAAUGAAAAAAUACGGUAUAGAAGACGAUGAGGACAUGUAAAACUGUUUUUUUUUGUAAUAAAAUAAUUAAGUUGUACAAAU